AUGCAUCUCGAAAAAACAACAACAUCACUACAAGAACCUCAAAUAGAUCCUCAUGAUUUAAUGUGUCCAAUAUGCAUGACUAUUGCUGAAGAUCCACAUCUAACAUCAUGUUGUCAUAGAAUAUUUUGUGCAAAAGAUGCUAAUCCAAAUCGUUAUGAAAAUGGUUGUCCAUUAUGUCGUGAAGUCAAUUAUUCAUUUCAACAAUCUACUAAACAUAAAUUAAUGCUCGAUCAAUUAACAAUAAAAUGUGAUUGUUCAGAACGAAUUGUUCCACAUGAAUAUGAACAUCAUAUGGAACGAUGUUCAAAUGUUACAUUUACAUGUCCACAUAAUGUUUGUCGAGAAAAAAAUGAUUCAACAAAAUAUAAUUCUCAACAACUUGUUAAUCAUCUUGCUCGAGCACAUUGUGAUGAAGUACCUGUUCUUGGUUCAACAUAUAUAAAUAAAAAAUCUCUUGAACCCUAUAAAAAAGCAUCGGGAAAAUAUGAUGAUCUUGUUUCAACAUUAUAUACAGUACUUUAUCCGAAAAUGAUUGAUAUACAAUUAAAAAAUUCACCAAAUAUUCAAGAAACUUCACCAGUAUUUCAAUGUACAUUAGGACAUAAAUUAAUUGAUGCUGAUCGUACUAAACGUAAACGAAAAAAUGGUACAGUUUAUUCAACACCGGGAUUUAAUUGUGAUAUAUGUCAUCGAACAUUUUCACAUGGUCAAUCAUGGCAUUGUUCAUGUUCAGAAAGUGGUUUUGAUAAAUGUGUUGGUUGUAUUGUUUUUCAAUUAUAUGAUAUUGAUAAUGAUAUAUUACAAUUAGCAAGUCAAGAUAAUGAAGAACAACAACAACGUUAUAGACGACAAACAAUACGAAAUACUGUACGUUUACCUCGAGGUUUAUUUCGUCUAUUGACUGGUAGUAUGGAUGAAGAAGAUGAUGAUGCUGAUGCAUUAGCAUUACGACAUCGCUCACCAUUUUUAAGUCAACGUAGUACAUUUGAAGGAACAGAUGAUGAAGAAAUUGAAGUUAAUCUCCGUGAAGAUUAA